AAAUUAAUAUUUUGAAUUUUAAAUCGUACUCGAUAAAUUAAUCUUUACUUAUUCUUUUCUUUAAUCAAUUAAAAGAAAAUAGAUUUCGAUCUAGUUCUUCAGUCUAUAAGAAAAUGUGUGACCAGCCGGCAAACCUAACAAUGGACAGAUCACACGUGCUCACCAAGGCCAACAGACAGCGCGAACCUGCGUUUAUAAAACCGGCUUCAACGAGUUCUUCUCCCUUGCCGUGCGUGUAGGCAGAAUUGAACUGCGCCGGUUAGACGAAUUUUUCAGACACAAUUCAAAAGCGUUUAGAUCUACAUAGAGUCUAUCUAGAAAUCUAUUCUGUUUUGAAAUGGAGUUGGAUAUUGAGGCUAAUUACAAUAAAGCUGUUGAAACUCUUAACACCAAGCUUAUGUCUUUGAGGGGAUGGCAUGAACAGACCAACCGGCUCAAGUAUGAGGGGAAAACCCAUCUUAUCAUCCCUAUGGUCAACCGCUUCAUCCAUAGGUCUGGACUUACGGAUGAAGAAGUAGACAAGCUGUGUAUGAUCCACAUCACUGGGACCAAAGGCAAGGGCUCUACCAGUGCCUUUACAGAGAACAUACUUCGCAAUCAUGGUUAUCGUACAGGCCUCUUUACAUCCCCUCACCUGGUGGAGGUGCGGGAAAGAAUCCGCAUCAAUGGCCGGCCCCUGUGCAAGGCUAAGUACUGCUAUUACUUCUGGAAGGUUUAUAACAAGCUUAAAGAAACUGAAGAGGUGGGAAGUCCUAUUGAGGAAGGCAGAAGCAUGCCAGCCUAUUUUGCCUUCAACGUUGUUUUGUCCUUACAUAUAUUUCUGAAUGAAGGGGUUGACAUUGCCAUCAUGGAAGUUGGUGUAGGAGGUCUGACCGACAGUACCAACUUUAUUAGACACCCAGUUGCCUGUGCCAUUACAUCCUUAGGCUUGGAGCAUACUGAUGACUUGGGGGACACCAUUGAAUCCAUUGCAUUCCAUAAGUCUGGCAUAUUCAAGAAACAUUGUCCAGCAUUGACAGCACCUCAGUCUGACUCAGCCAUGCAAGUUAUUCUAAACAGGGCCAAAGAAAUGGAGUGCCCACUGUAUGUUAUGAACCCUUUGUCUGAGGAGGUAAUGAAAGAAUACAACUUCACCCUGAGCAUUGCCGGAGAUAAGCAAAGACACAAUGCUGCUUUAGCCAUCCAGCUGUUCCACCUUUGGGAAGACUAUCAGCAUAAAAAAGUGCAUCCCAGAGUGUCUAAUGACUUGAAUGUUGGUGAAAUUCCAAGACUGACAUGUACUAAGCUUGAUAGUGCCACCGUUGUUGGUUUAUCGACUUGCAAGUGGCCUGGUCGUGCUCAGGUGAUUGCUAAGGACAGCAUCACUUAUUACAUCGAUGGAGCCCAUACUAAAGAGAGUAUGGAGCUGUGCACCUCAUGGUUCUCUGAAGUAGCUGACAAGGAAAAGGCUUCAAUUGAUGGUAAAGUUGUACGAGUUUUAAUUUUCUUCACUGCCCCAGAAAGAGAUCCGGAAGCUUUAGUCUAUCCAUUACGUGAUUGUGAAUUUGAUGCUGCUGUCUUCUGUCCUUUUGUUGUUUCAACAAUAGAGUCUCAAUGUAGACCAGAUCUUCAGUUGAAAAAACUUGACCCCAAAGUUCAGAGCGAGACAGUAGAGCGAAACAAACUAGCUUGGGAUAAACUUAUGGCCAACACUCAGAGAGAGAAGAAUAAUUUAAAGCUGCUGAAAGCUGGGUGGCCUGUUGAAGACUUACUGAAAAGCAAUGUGCAAGACAAAAGGUUAAACAGUAGCGAUGGGGACAGCAGUGAAAAAUCCUCUGUCAUCUCUGCCUCUACUACAGAGUCUGACAGGAGUGACCUGAUGUCAAUAGGUAGUAGCGAAGACGCUGAGGGCGGUGAGGGAAUAGCUCCAAACCGUGACUUGCUUCCUAUGGGAGACAUGCUGAGCUAUGUCAUCGAGCCCAGUCUGAUCCUGAAUGCCAACCUUCUCUGCCACUCAGACAAACAGGACAAAAAUGAAAAGCUGAAUUCUGAGCUGACCUCUUCCUUAAACAGCAAUCCUUCGUUGAUCUUCCCCUGUAUCAUCGAGGCUCUUCGUUGGGCCGGUCAGGGAAGGGAUAGCACCGUCCAGGUCUUAGACGGGUGUGCAGUCCCGCAUCCAGUUCCCGCCUCGCUUCAAGGUGCCACCCACAUUCAAAUAUUAGCCACUGGAAGUCUCAACUUCGUUGGUGGGGUACUGGACGUGCUCACGUCAAUAGAUGGAGAUGUUUAUUUGUAAAGAGUUUACAUCAAUCUAAACUGUUUCAUCCAAGUUAUUCUUACCUCUAAUGCAUUUCAAUGAUUCAAGUCAAACUGAAGUUGAUGUUACCUACGGCACCAAUAUGUACACAUUGUAAUUCCUUACUCCACAUUUUUUAUGAGUACAUUCUUUAAAAAACAACUCUUCUUAACAAAUUUAUUCAAUAAUUCACAUCGUUUCAACUUGUUCUCCCUUUGCUUUUUUAUUUUGACAAAUUGUACACUAAAAAAAUAUAACUUGUACAUUGUUCACCAAUACUGCUGUCAUUCCUUUUUUGAAACAUAUCUGUUCAUUUUCUUCUCGAAACUCUAAUUUUUUCUUGAUUCUCUGUAAUCCCUUCAUGAGGCUCUAAUCUCUUCAUGAGGCUCUGUAAUUUCAAGUUGAGGCUCUGCAAUACAGCAUUAUUUGGACCCUUGUUUGAAUCUCAAAAGUUUUGUUUUUAGACUUCUUGACAAAAUAAAUUUUUUUUUAAAUUUCCUGUUGGCAUAAAGACAAAAAAUGGGGGGAAAUUGUAUCAGAAUAUCAGCCCAAAAAAUGGGUUGGUUAAAAAUGUGUACUUAAGUCAACGACUAAAGACUGGUGAUGUGUAUUUCAUUUAACUGUAUGUUUAUGUUACUGUACCUGUUCAUAUUGGCCUGUAGUAUUUAUGCCAGUGAUUCUGCUCAAGCUACUUGUUGACCCAAGCAUGCCAUACUCAAUUUGUUCUUGUGUGUUUUGUCAAUUCAGUUCUAUAAAGGGAAGGCUUAAAGUUAUCAUGGGGGUGGUGGAUAAUUCUUUGACAUUGGGGUUACAAAAUUUAAAGCUGGAAUGAGGUGGGGAAACGAAAUGUGUUGUGAUUUUUUUUUUGGUCCCCUUCAGGCCAGCCAGUAGAGGAAGAAAAGUUGUGAUUUUUUUGUUAAGGUUGUUGAACUAAAUAAUGCAAAAGAUAUGCUUAAUAUAAAACAAUGAAAAGCGAUAUUUAUAUUUAAUGCUAUGUUGCUUAUUUAAAAAGUUUUCCACUUUUCAUAUAUUUUUGUGCAGAAAAAUUGAGAAACUGAGAAAUAUUGUCAGAAGUUGAUUCUCUGAUUUUACUAAAUCUUAAAGUUUAGUUCAUCUCAGCUGUGUAUCAGAAUCAGUCAUUGUGUUGACAAGACAACACUCUCAUUAAUCGGCUUUGAAAAAUCUUCAGCCAUAAAAAUGUUUCGGUCAUCAUGGCCAAUUCUGUUCAUCUGAAGCAUUUUGUUGUUUCCCUGAGUACAAAGUAUGUAGAGGCACAACAUAUUCUGUAGUGUUGAUUUUGUAUGUGGGGAUUGUUGUCAAAGUGACCUUUAAAAAAGAUUGUUUUUAAGUUUCAACUAUGUCUGUAAUUUUAUUUUGGAAAUCUCAUAAGCGUGUCAGCUCUGUACACAAUGUACACUUUGUGUGUGCAAAUAAUACUCACUAAAUCUGGCAGGCUCUAUGCAGUGAUAAUGACCUGAAACUUGCCAGCCAUUUUGUGUUGAUGCUUCUUCCUCUGGUCCUUUAUACAUCUUUGCAGACCUUCAUUUCAAUCUCUUGCUAAAAACAUGAACAUCAAAGUUUGCAUUGCACAUUGUUCUCUAAGCACCUCAUUUUCUAUCGACAUUGCUGGCACUUAUUGUUAGUUGGUACAACUUUCCAAAAUACAAUUUUUUUCUUCUCUCAGUGUAACUCCACCAAAACUUUGAGGAUCAUUUCUUUGCUGAUAUUAACCAUUAAACCUUUUGUUGUAUACAAUGUUUAGCUAUUGGUAUUUGUUAUUCCUUAUGAUGUGCAUUUGAUUUGUUUUGCAAAUUGUUUUUAAUUCCAAAGACUGCUGCCUUUUUUUUUUUUUGGCUUUGUAUUUUGCUUAUGUUGUGAAAUGCAGCUUUUCUAAAGGAGUGACUGGUAUUUAAUAUUGGAUUAAUUAGGGACUGUUUUGAAGACAACUAAUUGCCCUCCACUGCACAGUACUGUAUGUAUUUUUUAAAACAAACUUUGAAAAUCAAAGACUCUAGUACAUAGUUUGGAAAAUUACAUAACAAAUGAUUGCUUUUAGAAAUACUCACUUUUUAAAAAAAUUACUUAUGAAAAUUUUAUGUCAGAAGUGGAGCUACUUUUCAGGUGGAAAUUUAACAUUUUUAUUUCUGUGAUCAAGUGUUUCCUGGUAAAAAAAAAAUUGAUUCCUAAUAAUAGUACAGUGAAAGCUGACAAUGUUAUUUGCUGCAUGCCUACAUUUUAAAAUAAUAAAAUAAUAUGGAUUGAA